CGCGGUCUGUGCAAAAUAACACAGUGGCAGCUGCUCAUAGUGGGGGCUGGGGCCGAGCCUUGCAGUGCAAAGCAAAUGCCAUUGCAUUUAUUGCGUUGCAUGAUAAUUUGAAACUACCUGAUAACUUAAACUACAUUUGUUGCAUGCAUUCGACAUUAACUAAUAACCUUGGAGCAAAGCUGUCAUUUCCAGAUCAAUGUUUCCGGAGGCAUCCUAACAAGGUGAAGUGGAGGCCUAGUGUGUAAAUGGACAGUGAUCGACGGAGGCAGCGCCAGGCAGGUAGCAGCUCUGACGGCACCGAAGAUUCAGACUUUUCCGCUGAUCUGGAUCAUACGGACAGUUCCGAGAGUGAUGGACAGCCACGCAGAUCUACCAGAUUAACCAGGUCUUCAUUACGGAAUAGCCAGAGUUCUCAAGAUUCCAGUCCAGUGCGCCAGAUAACUUCAUAUGCUUCAGAUGAGCCUGCUUAUGCCACAAGAAGAGUGACACGCAGCCAACAACAGACCACUCCAGUCACACCGAAGAAAUACCCUCUGCGACAGACCCGCUCCUCUGGAUCAGAAACAGAGCAUCCUGUCGAGUUUUCUGACAAAGCAGACAUGUGCCCUGCGCUUGUAUUGAACACAAAAGGAGGUUUACGGUGUCAUGAUACCAAAACUGCAGUCGACCACGAUGAAUCUCCCCCACGUACUCCUACAGGAAAUGCUCCAUCGUCUGAGUCUGAUAUUGAUAUUUCCAGUCCGAAUGCGUCACACGAUGAAAGCAUUGCAAAAGAUGCUUCUAUGAAAGACUCUGGAAGUGACCUUUCACACAGGCCAAAGCGCCGGCGUUUUCAUGAGAGCUAUAAUUUCAAUAUGAAGUGCCCUACUCCAGGCUGUAAUUCUUUAGGUCACUUGACUGGAAAACAUGAAAGACAUUUCUCUAUAUCUGGCUGUCCAUUGUACCAUAAUCUAUCUGCUGAUGAAUGUAAGGUUAGAGCUCAGCAACGGGAAAGACAGAUUGACGACAGAGCAUUAUCACAGAGACAAGAUGAAAAUAACAGACAUGCAACUAGACAUCAGGCUCCAACAGAAAAACAAUUGCGAUACAAGGAAAAGGUGGCAGAACUUCGGAAGAAACGGAAUUCAGGGUUGACCAAAGAGCAAAAAGAAAAAUAUAUGGAGCAUCGGCAGUUACACGGAAAUACAAGAGAACCCCUUUUGGACAAUCUUACAUCUGAUUUUGACUUAGAAUUAUUCCGUAAAGCUCAAGCAAGAGCCUCCGAGGAUCUGGAGAAAUUGAGGUUACAGGGGCAAAUCACAGAAGGCAGUAACAUGAUUAAGACCAUUGUGUUUGGUCGAUAUGAACUGGAUACCUGGUACCAUUCUCCUUAUCCUGAAGAGUAUGCUCGUCUAGGAAGGCUAUACAUGUGUGAGUUCUGUCUUAAAUACAUGAAAAGUCAAACCAUUCUUCGGAGGCAUAUGGCAAAAUGUGUAUGGAAACACCCUCCAGGUGAUGAAAUUUACAGAAAAGGAAAUAUAUCAGUAUUUGAGGUGGAUGGGAAGAAAAAUAAGAUCUAUUGCCAGAACCUAUGCCUUCUGGCUAAGCUAUUUUUGGACCACAAGACAUUAUAUUAUGAUGUAGAACCUUUCUUGUUUUAUGUGAUGACAGAAGCUGAUAAUACAGGAUGUCAUCUUGUUGGAUAUUUCUCCAAGGAGAAGAACUCAUUCCUCAACUAUAAUGUGUCAUGCAUUUUGACAAUGCCACAAUAUAUGAGACAAGGAUUUGGAAAAAUGCUUAUUGACUUCAGCUAUUUGUUAUCGAAGGUAGAAGAGAAGGUGGGUUCCCCGGAGCGACCACUAUCAGACCUGGGGCUCAUCAGCUAUCGCAGCUAUUGGAAGGAAGUGUUACUACGCUAUUUGCACAACUUCCAGGGCAAAGAAAUUUCAAUCAAAGAAAUAAGUCAAGAAACUGCCGUUAAUCCUGUGGACAUUGUCAGCACCCUUCAAGCAUUACAGAUGCUGAAAUACUGGAAAGGAAAACACCUGGUUUUAAAGCGACAGGAUCUAAUAGAUGAGUGGCUGGCCAAAGAAGCAAAGCGAACAAAUGGAAACAAAACCAUAGACUCCAGCUGUUUGAAGUGGACGCCACCAAAAGGAACUUAGUUGGUCAUUGUUUCUAUCUCAGCCAAGACAACUCCUUGUAACAGCUAGUGAAUGCAAAGCAGAAGAUCCAUAGCAAAUCUUUAGCCUUACCCGUGUUUGUCCUGCAGAGGGCAUAGUAAAGCGUACUACCCCAGCAAACAUAGAAUUGUGCUUUUAUCCCAUUUGUUGUUUGUGGUAACAUUUCCAACAAUGCAACUUGACACAUGUUGUUAGGAGAGACAAAUGGGCUUGAAAUUUAUAGUUGUACAAUCUGAAAUAUAUUCAAACACUCACAAACUUGUUUUUUGUUUGUUUAAAGGUUGAUGCUUUUAAAGUUUUCUCUGAAAUGUUCAGCCUUAAACCUGAAGCUAAAGAAUAAUUUUAUAUGUCAAAGAUGAAUAAAUAAGAAUGGUGCAAUCCCUGUUUGGAUUGUUUGAUAUGUCAUUUCAAGUUUUUAAAAUAUUUUAAGUAGUAAUGUUAUUAAUUCGCCCUCCAUUUUAAAGGCUUGAAUUUGCUUUUUAAUGCAUUUCACGAAUGGUACAUUUUGUGAGUGAUUGGAAAACAGCAGAGGGGGGUAGAGUGCAGUGUUCAUCUCUUUCAUCAGCCUGAUAACUUAUCUACUGCUCGUUUCAUCAGCAAGAUGUGAUCACCUGAUAUAUUGUAAACAUCAUUCAAGUUGUGUACUUUUCAUGAUAUUUGGUAAAGUAGUAUCUUGUAAUCAUGAGAUUAAAUGUACCUCCUAACUCCCCCAAAUGUACCUCGUUAGCACUAUUAUAUUGAAAAGCACAAUUUAAUAAAGCUUCAUUUUGUUUUAAAAUAUCUCUAAAGCACCCAAGAUAAUUCACUCUUAGAAAACCCGUAAGGAAAUUAUGUUAUAUCAGAACAGUCAUCCAAACAUAAUUCAUGAUGAAACUUUGAAAAUUUGACUAUUAUUAAUAAAAUUCUGCAAUGUAUCAAUAUAUAGCAUUAUCCUGGCAUAGUGAAGACGACAGGAUCGAUUUAAUAAGCACUCCGUCCUUCCCCAAAAUUCCCAAAUUGGGUAUGUACUGUUGGCAAAUUUAAAAUGUUUUAACUAAUUAAAUACAAAUCUUAAUCCAAAUGAGGGAAUGCGUGAAGCUUUGUAUUGGAAAAAUGUGAAGCUUUGUAUUAGAAAAAUAUUGUUACAGACAAAACUGGUUUUGCGGGUGAAGGCAUUGAAUUGUUCAUGAGAUUUCUAUAAAACUGGCCCAUUUUACUCUUUUACAGGUACAAAGUUUUGAGUGAGGCUGUAUUUGGUAUUGUAGUACGCACAGUUGUCACGUGGUGUCUUAACACACUUUUAAAGUUAAAUCACUGGCAGCUAAACCUAGCACUAAACAAAAGCUUGGCAUCUUUGUAAAUGGAGCCUUGUUUGGUCUGAAUAGAAGGGUACCUGUUUUGCCCUUUAGAAUGAAACCGGGGUACGCAAUUAGUCACUGACGUUGCUGUGCCAAAGUUAGAAUUGAGGAACGUUGCUUAAUUACUUGUUGUACCAAAUGUGAUGUAAUGCCUUCUGUACCUGCUUAUAAAUAAAGCAUGUUGUACAGUG